AUGCCUGUUGCGGCUGCGGCGUAUUCGUACAUCAACGCCCGGAUAUCGCUGUGGUACGAUAGACACCUGCUUAGCUGCGCCCUUCCCGCGACCCUUUCUGCGCUCUGGCGCGAGCGAACCGACCGAUUGAACCAAUUCUACAUUCUCGAGCGAGCCGCCCAGAGCAAGUCCUCAGCGAACCGCACUUUUAUCAUAUUCGAGGGCAAAUCGUAUACCUAUGCCGAGACUUAUGAACAAGUUCUGAAGCAUGGCACCUGGUUGAGAGACCGCUUUGGCGUGAAGCCCAAGGACAUCGUCGCCAUCAACUUCCAAAAUUCGGACACCUUCAUCUUCCUCUGGCUGGGCCUUUGGUCAAUUGGCGCCAAGCCCGCAUUUAUCAACUACAACCUAACGGGCAAGCCGCUCGCGCAUUGUGUCAAGGCUGCCACGACAUCGUUGAUGCUCAUUGACCCUCACGUUCUUCACAAUGUUGGAGACGACGUCCGCAGUGAGCUGCCUUCGGUGAACUUCGUCGUGGUCGACGCAGAGCUCCAGCAGGAGAUUGCGGCUACCAAACCACGACGCGCCCCCGAUUCCGAUCGAUCCGAAGACCAAUACCAGAACUUGGCUAUUCUCAUUUACACGUCUGGCACGACGGGCAUGCCCAAGCCGGCCAUUGUCUCGUGGGCGAAGUGCAUCGUUGGCGGUGUCUUCACAUCAAGAUUCACCAGUAAUGGGCCAAAUGACGUCUUCUACACGUCCAUGCCCUUGUACCACAGUUCCGCUGCCCUGUUGGGUUUCGGCAAUACCCUCGAAGCCAAUGGCACGAUCUGCAUCGGAAGAAAGUUUUCCACCAAGCUGUUUUGGGAAGAUGUUCGUGCAUCCAAGGCCACCAUCAUCCAAUAUGUUGGCGAAACUUGUCGGUACCUGCUCGCUGCGCCGCCUCAGAUUGAUCCGGCCACAGGCGAGAACCUCGACAAAAAGCAUCACGUGCGAGCAGCUUUCGGCAACGGCCUGCGACCGGAUGUCUGGAACAGGUUCAAGGACAGAUUUGGAAUUGACACGGUCGCUGAGUUCUAUGCUGCCACCGAGGGUUCAUUCGGAACAUGGAACCUCAGUCGCAAUGAUUUCGCAAAGGGUGCUGUUGGCAGAAAUGGUACUCUCUAUAGUCUCGUCAUGGGCAUGGACGUUGCCCUCGCCACCAUGGAUGAGAACAACGAGUUUCCUGUGAGAGACAAGAAGACUGGGUUGUGCAAGCCUGCCAAGGCCGGUGAGCCUGGAGAGCUGAUGUUCAGACUCUCACCCACAGAUCUGGAGCGCCGUUUCCAAGGGUACCACGGUAACCCAGACGCUACCAAGGCGAAGGUUAUGCGCAACGUCUUCUCCAAGGGAGACGCGUGGUUCAGAACGGGCGACGUGGUGCGAUGGGAUAGCGAAGGGCGCCUUUACUUCUCUGACCGCAUUGGAGACACCUUCCGAUGGAAGAGCGAGAAUGUGUCGACGCAAGAGGUUGGCGAAGCUGUCGGCUCUCAUCCUGCCGUGCAAGAGGCGAACGUCUACGGCGUGGAGCUACCCCACCAUGACGGCCGAGCGGGAUGUGCUGCGGUCGUCCUGGAGGGUCAGCCAUCAGAGGAGACGCUGCGCAGCAUCGCGCAGCAUGUGAAGCUGUCACUACCAAAGUACGCGCUCCCGCUGUUCCUGCGAGUCAUGCCGCCCGAGGCCAUGCAGACUACUGGUACCAACAAGCAGCAGAAGCACGGCCUUCGGGCACAGGGAGUGAAACCAGACAUCACAAAUACUGGCAGCAUGUAUUGGUUGAAGAACGACACCUAUGUGCCCUUCUCCGAGCGGGACUGGGACGAGCUCAACGGCGGGCGAGUGAAGUUGUAG